UGUUCGACUGUUCGUACCGGAUGCAUCUUCGCAAUUUGUGACUGAACCGGAUAAAAGAAGGUUUGCGUCUGAACCGGAUGCAUCUUCACAAUUUGCGGCUAGCUGAACCGGAUAGAAAAAUGUUUACUUCUCUUGCAGUCGUUUGCAAUUUGUGUUCUUUUAUCUGAAGAACAUAUCUUGUUUCUAAAUUUGCGCCAAAUUAUAAAAAUGUUUACUUCUCUUGCGUUUGCGACGGCACCAAUUAGCACGACGAUAGUCUCUGCCACAAGGCGGUCACAAGUUUCACAGCCUAAAGCUAAGAAAGCCAAGCCAGAGAAUAAGCGGCCAAUGACGACGUCGACGAGUGGUUUCUCCGGCAGAACGAAGGAAUUGACUUGGCAGUGCGUCGAAGGUUGUGGAGCUUGCUGUAAGCUUGCCAAGGACUUCGCUUUUGCCACCCCUGAUGAAAUAUUCGAUGACCCUGAUGAUGUUGAGCUGUAUCGAAGCAUGAUCGGAGAUGAUGGAUGGUGCAUAAACUACAACAAAGCUACACGCAAAUGCUCCAUUUAUGCUGAUCGUCCUUACUUUUGUCGGGUUGAGCCUGAGGUUUUCAAGUCACUCUAUGGGAUUGAAGAAAAGAAAUUCAACAAGGAAGCUGUCAGCUGCUGCAUUGAUACCAUUAAGACGAUUCAUGGCCCUGAUUCCAAAGAAUUGGAUAACUUCAAUCGUGCCAUCAGAAGUAGUCCGAGCUCGAGUUAAUCGUCAUAUGAAUUCAAAGGCAGGAAACAUAAACGUGGAAAUUAGUUUUCACUCACUGGAGUCGAGCUUGGUGCAACCGUGGCAGACAAAAGUAGCAUUAAUCUCCUUUUCCUUAAAAUGCAUAUAGAUUUGGCUAGCAGAGAAAUCAGAGGGACAAACUUCCCAUUCAUCGAACUCUUUGUCUGAGACAAGGCUGCCUUGCUCAUAGAUUCCGCAUCGCUUACAUUUUUCGCCACCAAUUUCAGUCAUAGGCUGUAAUAAUAAACAUUGAAGAAACAUGUAAGUUUCACAAUCUUGAAUCUUGUCUAAUUGAAAGAUGGUUGUAAAAGAGAUUAUGAACGAACCUGCCAUGAUUCUUGACCGCGGAAA